AUGUCCACUGGGGGCAGGUUCAACUUUGAUGAUGGGGGGUCAUACUGUGGGGGGUGGGAGGAAGGCAAAGCCCACGGCCAUGGCAUCUGUACUGGGCCGAAGGGCCAAGGCGAGUACUCAGGGUCCUGGAGCCAUGGCUUUGAGGUGGUGGGGGUGUACACAUGGCCCAGUGGGAACACCUACCAGGGCACCUGGGCGCAGGGCAAGCGCCAUGGGAUUGGAGUGGAGAACAAGGGCAAGUGGGUGUAUAAGGGGGAGUGGACAAGUGGAUUUAAAGGACGCUACGGCCUCAGGGAGAGCACCGGCACCAGCGGGAAGUACGAGGGGACCUGGAACAACGGUCUUCAGGACGGAUACGGCACUGAGACCUACUCUGAUGGAGGUAAGACCCAGACCCACACUGAGCCAUGUUUAAUGGAUGAGUACCCUCUGUGUAAAGCAUCAACAAAUGGAUAUUGAGAUACAGACCAGCAGGCCCAUUCUUCAUAGUGAGUUGACAGUAAUCAGGGAAACCUAGGUGCUAGGUGUUCCAUGAGGUCAUCCCACUCCAUUACUAUGGUUCACCCCCCCCCCCACCACCACACACACAAUCUAACUGUCUCCUGCUUCAUUAGUCUCCUAUCUCUCAGACACUCUCUAAUCUAUCUUUCUCCGUCCAUCUGUCAAUUGGGUAAGCAGUUCCCUCUCCCCUGCUCGUGCUGCAGUGGGAGAUACAUUUGGAGGCCCAAGUUAAGGCCAUCCGGACUCCCCAUGCAGCCUGAGAGAGAGAGAUUCCAGGUCAACUGCAAAGUUAGGGUGCAGUUCCCAUAACCAGACAGACUCAUGGUAAACCUGGCUGGGAGAGACCCAGUUCUAAGGCCAUAAAUACGCACCUUGAAGAUGACAGUGAUGAGAGUCUGGAAGUCCUUACUCUACCCCAAAUUCACACACACACACACACACUCUUUCUCUCUCUCUACUAAUGUGGAUUUCAGAUCCAUUCAGAUAUAUUUAUCAAAACACUUCAUUUAUCAAGGCAAAGGUGCUUAACAAUCACACAGUCAAAGUGCAUGACGGUCUGUAGAAUAUUUUGAUUUCUUCUGGUGAAACCUCCUGGUGCAACAUCAUACUCUUAGAACAAAAGGUGUUAUCUAUAACCUAAAAGGGUUCUCCUAUGGGGACAGCCCAUAGAACCCUUUGAAGAACCCUUUUGGGUUCCAUGUAGAAGCCAAAAAGGUUCUACAUCAGUGGAGGCUGCUGAGGGGAGGACGGCUCAUAAUGAUGGCUGGAACGGAGUGAAUGGAAUGGCAUCAAACACAUAGAAAGUGUUUGAUACCAUUCCACUAAUUCUGCUCCAGCCAUUACCACGAGCCCGUCCUCCCCAAUUAAGGUGCAACCAACCUCCUGUGUUUUACAUGGAAGGUUUUUUUUCUUCUCUAAUUUGCUUUUGAAUUCUCUUUUAUUUUAUAUUUAUAAAUUGUACAAUGUGUGAAAUUGUAAAAUGCAGGGCUCCCUUAAGAAACAGACCUGGGUCUCAAUGGGUAUCCUUGUUGAAAAAAAUAGAACCAUUUCCACAGAGGGUUCUAAAAAAGUGUUCUACCUGGAACCAAAAAGGGUUCUACCUGGAACCAAAAAGUGUUAUUCUAUGGAGAAGGCCGAGGUACCCUUUUGGAACCCUUUUUUCUAAGAGUGCAUUGUUAAACUUAUAUAACUCUCUAGCACCAGAACCUUACACAACUAUGCACCCAACCACCAGCCCAAUGAACACUGGCUGAGUCAGGAAAGGAGGUUAAUGAGGACAGAGUAUGCAGAACAGAUAUGACACAGAUGAUAUCCAUAAUGAUAACAGUUACAGUAUCCACUCUGAAAUGAGCACCAGGCCUGCAAGGCUUUGUUAUAAUGAAAUGAAUAUGAGGCAUAAGAUAAAGAAAGGGAUUUGGAGAAGAUUGGUAAAUGAAGAUGGAAAAGAAUGAGGUAUAGUAAAGAAUAGUGUACUAUUUUCAUAUGAGAGACACUCCAGAGAAACUUCAAAUCUACAGUAUUCAUUAUGUAACACUUCAAUGUGUCCGUAAAUCAGUCAGUGUCUUUAAAAUACUCCAGUAUACUCUUCCUGUCUGAAGGCUUCCGCAUUUUAUGCCCAACAACAAUUGUUAUCAGUUGAUUACACCAUCUAACAUUGAGAAUAAGAAAUAGUAUUGCAUUCUACCUCCGACCUUUGCUCACACUCUGCACAACCUGCUUAUCAAACCACAACUCAGUGGAGGAGAAAGAUCUAUGCUCUGAGCAAUUGUUUUUCUCUAUCUUUCUGUCUACCUCGUUCCACUGCAUUACAGCAGUGGUGCCUCUGUCUCUGUACAGCAAGUUGCUGUGGAAACGCACACAGACAUGCAGCAGGGCUGCGUGUCACAGGGGACUCAGUGUUGCUCACUCUGAUUGGCUGGCUGACUCUGCUAAUGUUGUUUACUUACUUGAGCAGUGAGCGCUUAUCUGGCUGCUACACAAUCACAGUAGACAGUGACAGAGGGGGGAGACAAAGAUACAGAGGUUACAGUAGCAUUGUCUUUCCAUUAGCUUUCCUCUCAGAUAGAGUUAGAAAUACUAUACUGUCAAUGGCCAUGGAAUGAGGAACCCAUCCAAGGAGCUGUCUAAGGAGAACACUUGAACAGUGUGUGUAAAAGAUAAGUUAAUAAUUGUCACGUACUAAGGAGAACACUUGAACAGUGUGUGUAAAAGAGAAGUUAAUAAUUGUCACGUAGUGUUUCUGAUGGUUGUUGACGCUCCACCUUGAUUGCUGAUUAUCACAUCUGUGAUUGGGAGUAAAGCAAACUCACUGUACUGGGAGCUACAGGAAACUGUCCUGACAGUUGUUUCUGGAUAUGAGUCAAUAUUACAGUGCCUGUAUGAUUUGACCCCUGACCUACAUACUGUACCAACAUGGUUGUUUAGAAAUGGUUUGUACCAUGUAGAGAUGUGGAGGGGCCUACUUUUGUAGAUGCCCAGGCAAUUUAGGUAAUUGUAUCCUUGUGCAAGGUGUGUUAUAUCAGUUAUUGAGGUUAUCUUUUUGCUGUUGAAAAAAGAUUAUGUUAAUGAGACUGAAGAGAUAGCAAGCGCAGUUACUCCAAAUUAUGAGCACGAUGUGAACAAAUGUUGUGAUGUCCAGGGCAAUUUUGGGGGAAUUAACGUUCAAAUGAUAAUUCAAUUUUCAUGAUGUUUCUAUGAGUUAAAUAAUCCUUAAAUGGAAAAUCUAAGACUGGGGCACAUCAUCGCCAAAAAUCUAAAACCAAAUCCCUUAACCGGAUAACAUCCGUAGUCGAUUUAAGCUUACUGAGAGAUUUAGCUUUUAACUGCAGCUCACUUUGAAUGUUGCCGUUUCUGCAACAGCUUCGCUAGCAGUAGUCUCUCCUGGAUUGCAGUCUGUCUGUGUCUGUUCUAGCGAGCUCUUCUAUGGUUGGCUUGCAGGCAGAGUGGCAUCAAACAUUCACAUAGCCACAUGAUGUGCCUAUUUCACAAGAAGACACACACACACAUUAGGAAAGCAGCACCUGCUUACAGUACAGACCUAUCUUACAACACUGUUGUAGCAUGUCUCUUGUUCUUUUCCAUGCAUAUUACUCUCCCUGUCUGUCUCUGUCUCUCUCACACACACUCACACACAAACACACACAACUCUGAAGUGCAAGUGCUGACUUGGUGAAAUAUAAAAAUAUUAAUAAUUCAUGAAAGAGUCAAUCCAAACACACUUUCUACCAUCCUUACUCCAGUCUCAAUUUUCUCUGUUAGGAAUUGAACUCACUAUGCGGUCAAGGGCUUUGUGUUGCAUAUUGGGGAGGUCCAGGUCAAUAGGUUCCAGGGUCAACACCCUGGGGGUCCAGGGGCAGACUUUGAGGUAGCCUACGGUUUGCUCCGUUUGGUGGGUGUGGCAGGGUGUGACUUGAAGCCAUGAGUGAUGUAUUUGAAGGGCAGCGGUGCAUUUGGAACCCACACCACAACCCCUCCCCGGUUUUUCAACUGGUUGUUCAGAACAGCACUGUUUCCGUUUAAUUGAACGUUGCAUUAAAACAAUUUGUACUGGACACAGCUCUGGUGACUUUUCUACUCUAAAAUUAAGGAAAAUAAAAUGAUGUUGAGGCCAUAAAAAUAUAAUUUUCCCCUCCAAAAAUGAGCCUAACAACAUAUUGGUCUAUAUUAUCAGGCUGGUGUGUUAUUUAACAAUAAGCAUGAUCACCUGUAGCCCAACUGAUGCAACAUAGUGGCUAUAAAUAAAUAGGCUGUGCUAACCUUUAGCUAGAUCAGUGCUUCCCAAACUUUUUCUGUCAUGGCCCCCUUUCAUCAUGGGGGGAACAUCAUAUGCCUCCCCCCAUGCCCUCUAACCUACCCAUAAAAAUAUGGUAUACAUUUUACUCAAGAAACAGUACAAACAAACACCAGUACCUGGUUUCCCUUCCAUAUUGAAAUCAAGAAGAAAAAAUUAUAGGAGAAAUAAACCAGGUAACUGCUGUGCAAUGUCACAUGUAUCCAUAUCAAUGAAGACUACUAAGGGCCAAUUUAUUUUGUAGUUGAAAUCAGGGGCGCAACUUUCACUGGGGACAGGGGGGACAUAUCCCCCCCACAUUCUGAAAUUGCAUUCCAAUAGAACCGUUACCAAUUAUCACUCAUUUUGAGAAAUACCGCUCAUAACGUAGAGAGAGGAGAGCUUCUUUGGUUUAUAAUUAAUCCAUGAGGUGCUCUUUGAUCAUUGGAUGAAAUACUAUAGAACAAAAAUAAGUUGCUGCUGGAUAGUAAACAAUGCCGGAACAGCCUUUGUGCAAACAAACUUCUAGAAGUAAUCAAGGCACUCUUAUUUAAAAGCCUUUAAUUUAUUAAGGCUUAUGCAUGGCAAGAAUAAGAAACCACCGAUGCGUUGCGGCUAGAGCAUGGCGCUUGUAUCGAUCCCCGGGACCACCCAUACGUAAAAAUGUAUGCACACAUGACUGUAAGUCGCUUUGGAUAAAAGCGUCUGCUAAAUGGCAUAUUAAUAUUAAUUAAUUAAUAUUAAUUCAUUAAUUCAUAUUAAUAAUCAGGUUGAGAAACGUUCUCCAUUUGAAGAAUAUCCUUUUCUAUAUCAUUAUUAUUGGUGCUUAUGAAUUUACCAUGUUAAAUAUGACUGUACUACUUUAUUUGUUCCAAGUUAGCUCACAGAAUUAAGGGUUUGUUCUCCUGACAUUUUCGGCUGUGUUUCUUUCAAAAUCUUAGCUGUUUUCAUGGCUGUGGGGAAAUUAAAUAAUAUGCUCACUGAUUAUUAACUCGACCGAGAGAUGCCUCCACAAUGCAGAAUUUUCUACUACGCCCGAGUUAACUGAUGAAACUACUGUAGCUUCAGUCUGAAUUGAAAUUGGCUUUCUGACUUCCUGAUCAAGCUGUAAGGGCAAAUACCCCGUGGGAAACUGUUCAGGCAAACCAUGGAUGAACGUGCAUCCAUCCACCCGACCCCACAGAGAGAACGUUUCAGCACCAUGGAGUCUAUAACGGCUACUUAAGGAUGACACGAUUCAAGUAGGCCUGCCUAUAACAUGUUUUGCUUGAUGUGGAAUGAUUCAUGGCAUGUGUAAUAACAUGCUUUUUAUGUCAAUGUCAAAUUUGAGCCAGAAGGAAAAUGUCACUGACAUUUCAGGGGCCCUUGAUACUUUUAAUUCUAUUAACACACAUUUGUUAAAAGUUUAUACAGAUACUGCAUUUUUCUCUGCUAGUUGUGACAUUGGAUUUAAUUUAUGUCUAUAAUUCAUGUUCAUGUGUGUUGCACCAGGCAUUAUAGCCUAGCCUAGCUAUGCUUGACUAAUGACUAAUGACUAAUGAGAUACAUGUCCUAAUGGGGAGAUCAUAUUCCCAUGGCCGUCAAUGGAUCCCCAAAGAAUCAGAGUUUACACACGCUGCUCUCUCCUGAGAGAGAGAGAGACAUCCCUUCCCUACUGUCUUUAUGCUUGAUUGACAUCCUUCAUUGAGAAAUGUUCUGCUGUUGCAGGUCCGGGACACACCAGUCUUUCAUUGCGGCCUGAUUCUAGUUAAUGUGUCUGCAAACUAUAACAACAUUAUAAUAUGCUGUAUGAUGGACCUGAUCAAACUUUCAAGAGAGGAGAAGUCACUUCUCUGUGUAUGUGGACUUUUUCAGCUGUGACAGCAAAAGCUGUAGAAAUACUCCAUUUUCAGAGAAACACGGGAGAAGCUCUCAUACUCACACACAGACACUCACACAUUCUCAAUCCCCCCCUCUCUCUUUCUCACUCUCUCUCUCUGUAUGUCUUUCUCUACCUCUGGAGUGUCUGUGCUGGAAUUAGAGACAGUGGGUGAAGGUGAGGAGCAGAGAGCUGUAGAACAGGAAGUGAUCCUGGAUAGAAAUACGAGAUGUGCCAAAGGAGAGCUGGAAGGCUCUGGCUAAUUUCACUCUGUCUGUCUCACUGUCACUGUCUUUCUGUCUGUGGGAACAUCAGUUUAAUCUUAUCAGUUGAGGCCUGUGUUUGAUCCAUCAUAUGUCACACAGCUGUUGACUGAUCAGGCGAGUGUGGCCAGAUGUCAGCCAGCUGUCUGUGACACAGCAGAAGGCUAGACGUGUGUGUGGAGAGGGGAACGGGGGCGGGGGUCAUAACAGAUAGGACAAAAAACAAAUACGUUUGUGACACCUCCAACAUGAGAGUUAAUGUUAGAACUUGGUCUCAUUUUAGCUUGCUCUUUCCCUCUUUCUCUCUUCUCUUCUUUCUCUCUUCUCCUCUUUCUCUUUUCUCUCUUCUCUUCUUCCUCUCUUCUCCUCUUUCUCUUUUCUCUCUCCUCUUCCCCCCCACCCCCCCCCCCCCCCCCCCCCACACACACACACACACACAAACACACAUACAUUUACAAAAUACACAAAAAACACACACAGCCCAGAGAAGAUAGAGCAGAUGCCCACCCAGCUUCAGUCAGACUGCCAGGCCUGUUCUGAAGAGUAGGAGGUUUCAAUAGGUUUCCAUCCUAACUGUGGUGGCAGCAGUAGCAGAAGCACCUCUGCUGUUGCCUCAUUGAGCCAUCCAACCCUAUGCAUUUCACUGACAUUCCAGCCCGCAGUAGCAGAAGCACCUCUAGCAGCAGUAGUAGAAGCACAUCUAGCAGCAGUAGGAUAAUCACCUUUAGCAGCACCUCUAGCAGCAGUAGCAGAAGCAUCUCUAGCAGCAGUAGCAGCAGCACCUCUAGCAGCAGUAGAAGCAGCACCUCUAGCAGCAGUAGAAGCAGCACCUCUAGCAGCAGUAGAAGCAGCACCUCUAGCAGCAGUAGAAGCAGCACCUCUAGCAGCAGUAGAAGCAGCACCUCUAGCAGCAGUAGAAGCAGCACCUCUAGCAGCAGUAGAGCAGUAGUAGCAGCAGCACCUCUAGCAGCAGUAGCAGUAGUAGCAGCAGCACCUCUAGCAGCAGUAGAAGUAGUAGCAGCAGCAGUGUGUUGCUGUGGGGGUGGGGAUAUCCAACACUUUCUCUGCUGUUGCCUCAUUGAGCCAUCCAACCCUAUGCAUUUCACUGACAUACCAGCCCACAGAGAUCAAUAAAGGCAGAGAGGACAGGGGAGUGUGCGUGCGUGCGUGUGUGUGUUUUGUCUUUGCAUGUGUGUGCGUGCGUGGGGUUAGGGGGGGUUGGAAAAGGAGCGAUACAAACAGAGAUACUGAGAUUGGUUGGGAUCCUUAUAUGGGCCUAUAUGUGCUGAUUCCACACAUAAGCAGCAUAUUAUAGAACGCUUGGCACGAUGAAUCACAGAGCAGAGGGGCUGUUACAUCAGAGGGUUUGCUCAGUCAUUGGCAGCAUGGACAGGCCAGAAAAUAGAUUAGAUAGGCUGAUACUGUACAUAGAUGGAUCCCAUAGAUCUGUCAAUCAGGAAAUGUGUGUGUAUGUGUGCGUGUAAGAGAGAAAGAGACAGAGAGACAGAGCGAGAGACAGAGAGCGAGACAGAGAGAGACAGAGAGCGAGACAGAGAGAAACAGAGAGAGAGACAGAGAGAGAGCAAGAGAGACAGAGAGAGAGAGAGAGAGAGAGAGAGAUAGAGAGAGAGAGAGAGAGAGAGAGAGAGAGAGAGACGGAGAGAGAGAGCGAUGCAGUGAAUUGUCCUAGAUUUCAGCACCACGCAGUUGGACCUAAACUGUAAUGGGAAAUAAAGUAAAUGAGAGUUAAAAAAAAUCUAAAAUACCAACUACUAAGCCAGUGUACAGAGGAAAAGUACUGGAUUGUGCUUAUUCACAGACAAAAUAGACUCAGAGUGUAGUUCACAUUAUGAAACCUAUCUCCAAAGAAAGGCCUGCAAUGAUAAAAAAAUGUCAAAAAAUCAUGUAAUGUAUCGCAUCAUGCUGAAAAUCUGUCACCUAAACUCUGACAUAAUAGUAUAGCACUGAACUGAUUUAUGGAAGAGAGGGUCAAUCUCAGAGUGAAGCAUUAUUGUUUUGGGAUGACAAGUGGAACCCUAGCCAGUCAGGGUCAGUUUGCUACCUCUAUAUAGGACUAUUCUGAGACGUGAUCUAUCAGAGGUGUUGGCAGACAACAUGAUAAACAGCUGCAAUACUGGACAUCUCAGGGAAAAUAACAUUUCCAUUAUUUUGUUGGCAAAAUGACCCAUAAAUAACGGUGCUGACAGGUAAUGGGAUGGACAUGGUGAUAGAUAACAGGAUGGACAUGGUUAUUGAUAACAGGAUGGACAUAGUGAUAGAUAACAGGAUGGACAUGGUGAUAGAUAACAGGAUGGACAUGGUGAUAGAUAACAGGAUGGACAUGGUUAUUGAUAACAGGAUGGACAUGGUGAUAGAUAACAGGAUGGACAUGGUGAUAGAUAACAGGAUGGACAUUGUGAUAGAUAACAGGAUGGACAUGGUGAUAGAUAACAGGAUGGACAUGGUGAUAGAUAACAGGAUGGACAUGGUUAUUGAUAACAGGAUGGACAUGGUGAUAGAUAACAGGAUGGACAUGGUGAUAGAUAACAGGAUGGACAUGGUGAUAGAUAACAGGAUGGACAUGGUGAUAGAUGUUAUGAGUGCUCUUCACUUACUUGGUACCUCUCCACAGUUUCACUCAUACAUACACUGAGUGUAUAAAACAUUAAGAAUACCUUCUCUUUCAAUGACAUACACUGACCAGGAGAAUCCAGGUCAAAGCUAUGAUCCCUUAUUGAUGUCACUUGUUAAAUCCACUUCAAUGAGUGUAGAUGAAGGGGAGGAGACAGGUUAAAGUGUCAGAGUGGUGUGUGUGUGUGGAAUCAAACGCAGGAACCAGGAUGACGUUAAACACUUUAGUAAAUCCAAGAAUAGGACAAAAUAGCCUCCCCAACCGGGUGGCGCACAAUUACGCACUGAAACACUGUGCGGAAAACAAGAAAGAAGCGCACGCAGUGCAAACUCUCGAAAAAUACAACCACGAGAGACUGAUACGGCUGACACAGGCUGACACAAAACAAUAACGCAUAACACCUGACCCAAACACAAGCAACUAAAUAGGGAAAACAAUUAAGACCCAAAUAAGGGACAGGUGUUAAGAACAGACAAAACCAAACGAACAUGAAACAUAGAACGGUGACAGCUAGUACUCCGGAGACGACGACCGCCGAAGCCUGCCCGAACAAGGAAGAGGAGCAGCCUCGGCCGAAACCGUGACAUAAAGAAGGAUUUUAAAGCCUUGAAACAAUUGAGACAUGGAUUGUGUAUGUGUGCCAUUCAGAGGGUGAAUGGGCAAGACAAAAUAUUUAAGUGCCUUUGAACAGGGUAUGGUAGUAGGUGCAAGGCACACUGGUUUGUGCCAAGAACUGCAACGCUGCUGGGUUUUUCAUGUUUCCCAUGUGUAUCAAGAAUGGUCCACCACCCAAAGGACAUCCAGCCAACUUGACACAACUGUGGGAAGCAUUGGAGUCAACAUGGGCCAGCAUCCCUCUGGAAUGCUUUCGACACCUUGUAGAGUCCAUGCCCCGACGAAUUGAGGCUGUUCUGAGGGCAAAAGGAGAACUCAAUAUUAGGAAGGUGUUCUUAAUGUUUUGUACACUCAGUGUAUAUUGAUAACUGGGAUACAGUCUGGGAUGUAGUAUUAUUACUCUAUCUUUAGUAUAGUAGUGUUGGUACUGGUAGUAGUAGCACAUUUGGUUGUUGUUAAUAUGGUAAUACUGAAUGGUUUAAUCCCUAAUUGAAGCACUCAUUGUCUCAGGUAAAAUGCAGACAAUACAGGAGGGGAAGAGUGUGUGUUCGAGCAGCGAGUAUUACUGUAGUAGACUGUAGUUCCAUCAGCUAAGUCCCGACACAGAGGGAUUUACACAUGGUAGACUCUUUGUUGAAAUAUGAAAUGACUCCUCCCUCCCCAGUUCUCUCUCUCUCUCUCGCUCUCUCUCUCGCUCUCCCCCUCUCUCUCCCUCUCAAUGGAUGGAGUACAUUAAAAGCGUGUCAUCACAUUUUACCCCAAAUAUGACAUACAAGAAAGUGUGGGGGAAAAUAUUGAAUGGUGUUGCAUUAAUGUAAGUGAACUAUAAGUGAAUUUGUCCCAAUACCUUUGGUCCCCUAAAAUGGGGGUGGGACUAUGUACAGAAAGUACUGUCAUUUCUAAACGGUUCACCUGAUAUGGAUGAAAAUACCCUCAAAUUAAAGCUGACAGUCAGCACUUUAACAUCAUAGUCAUUGUAUCAUUACAAAUCCAAAGUGCUGGAGUACAGAGCCAAAACAACAACACAUAUUGUCACUGUCCCAAUACUUUUGGAGCUCACUGUAUGUGCUGUGUUCAGAGAAAGUGAAGGAAGAGCUUAUUUGAAGUGGGUGCUAAAAAGAUUGGAGGAGAAAAGGAUUGAUUGGUUUGUUCUAUAAACAGGGAAUGAAAGGGAGAGCAGACGUAGAGGGAGCUUUGGUAUUGUUCUAUAAAGCAUUAAGUGAGUGGAUGUAGUGUCUCCCAAGUGGCGCAGUGGUCUAAGGCACUGUAUUGCAGUGCUAGCUGUGCCACUAGAGAUCCUGGUUCGAAUCCCACGGGGCCAGUAAAAAAAAGAUAUAUAUAUACAAAAAGAAUGAUGUAUGCACUCACUAACUGUAAGUCGCUCUGGAUAAGAGUGUCUGCUAAAAUGUAGUGUAUUUUGUUGUCUGCUAGCAAUGAUACCAUUCCCUUUUCAAGAACCUAAAGAGUGGGUAUGAGUCUGAGGGGAUAAUAGCAUUGCUCUCUGCCCAGGAGUUCAGCCCUACAGCUGAGCUGUUACUGGUGGUCUGGUGUCUCAAAGCUAACAAUGUGAUACAGGUCUGGCUGUGAGGGUGAAAAAACAUAACAUCUCGCAGGGACUCUGUGCAGUAUGUUCAUGACCCCCAGACACCUUAGGCCCAUAUCUCCCUCACUAGUGUUGUGGUUGUCCCUGAAAUAUAUGAAAAUGAAUUAUUUAUUGAUAUGCUGUUAUAUCAUAUUGACAUGCAUUGUGACAUUUGUCUCUGUGUCUUUCUGCAGGUACGUAUCAAGGCCAGUGGGUGGGGGGGAUGCGGCAUGGAUACGGCAUGCGGCAGAGUGUGCCAUACGGCAUGGCAGCCAUCAUCCGCUCUCCGCUGCGUACCUCCAUAAACUCCUUGCGCUCGGAGCACAGUAACGGGACGGCUCUGCUCGCGGACCGGGCCGGCGUGGGGAGUGGGGGCGGGACGGGCUCCACCGGCAGCCCGGCCGUGUCGCGGGGGGGUUUCGUGCUCACGGCACACAGCGAGGCAGAGCUGCUGAAGGGCAAGAAAAAGGGUCUGUUCCGAGGUCGCUCCAUCCUCAGCGGACUCAAACUGAGGAAGUCUGAGUCCAAGAGCUCCCUGGCCAGCCAGCGCUCCAAGCAGAGCUCGUUCCGCAGCGAGGCAGGCAUGAGCACAGUCAGCUCGGUCAACUCUGACAUCAACUCCACUAUCAGCCUGGGAGAGGGCGAAGCUGAGCUGGCCAUCGCCGAGGAUGACGUGGACGCCACAGCAACAGAGACCUACUGCGGAGAUUGGAAGAACGACAAGCGCACGGGCUGUGGGGUGAGCCGGCGCUCGGACGGCCUGCACUAUGAGGGGGAGUGGGUGGGAAACAAGCGGCACGGGUACGGCUGCACCACCUUCCCUGACGGGACCAAGGAGGAGGGCAAGUACAAGCAGAACGUCCUGGUGAGCGGCAAAAGGAAGAACCUGAUCCCCCUCCGAGCCAGUAAGAUCAGAGAGAAGGUGGACCGGUCUGUGGACGCGGCCAAAAAGGCUGCGGACAUCGCCAAGCAGAAGGCUGAGAUCGCCAUGUCUAGGUAAGAUUCAGUAGCAGUGCCAUGUAUAGGCCUUAAGCCUAAUUUACACAUUCCGCUUCCGCGCCGUCCACUAGGUCCACUCGAAUGAAAUGAUCCAAUUCGUACGUCCGGUCACGAAAUCUCUGCGUCCACAGAACACUUCAAGGGACUUGCCCUGAUGAGGAUGUGGAAAACUGUGUGGAAAGGGGCGGACUUAAGUGGAAGGUGUAAAUUAGACCUUACUAGUAGGCCUUACUAGCAGCACGUCCAUGUGUAGGCCUUAUUACAGUAGUCUGCGUUCAAGUUUCAAGUUUUAUUUGACACAUGCACAAGUACAGUGAAAUGCUUAACUUGCAAGCCCUUCCCAACAGUGCAGUAUUCAAUAUCAAGAUAGUAUAACUAAAAAAAACAUGAGAAAUAGGAAAUAAGAGUGGAAGAACCACAUUUACAAUAUGCAGGGAUACUGGAAUAGUUGAGGUAGAUACAUGUAACUGCCAAAAUAAUGGAAAUACUUGGGUAAAUGAGGGAUAAAAAGUAUAUUGAAAGCAGGUGCUUCCACACAGGUGUGGUUCCUGAGUAAAUUAAGCAAUAAACAUCCCAUCAUGCUUAGUUUCAUGUAUAAAAAUGCUGGGCAGGACAUUAUUUUGGCCAUUAUUCUGGCUACCAUGGCUAUGCCCCCAUAGGAUGACAAUGCCCCCAAUUACAAGGUGGUCACUGAAUGUUUUGAUGAGCAUGAAAAUUAUUUAAACCAUAUGCCAGGGCAGUUUAAGUCACCAGAUCUCAACUCAAUUGAACACUUAUGGGAGAUUCUGAAGCGGCGCCUGAGACAGCAUUUUGCACCACCAUCAACAAAACACAAAAUGAUGGAAUUUCUCGUGAAAGAAUGGUUUCGCAUCCCUCCGAUAGAGUUCCAGACACACUGUUCUGGCUCAUGGUGGCCCAACGCCCUAUUAAGACACUUUACGUUGUUUCCUUUCAUUGGGCAGUUACCUGUAUGUACAUGUAGACAGGGAUUAGGAGAAAGUGACUGGUAGCAGGAUAAAUAAUAAUUAUAGUAAACAAUAUGGCAGGAGGAUAAGCGGUGGGUGGGUGUGUGCAUGGUGGUAUGUGUGUGGGUGUUAGUGUGAGUAUAUGAGUGUGCAAGAGUGUCAGUGUAGGCGUGUGUGAGGGUAGCUAGUGGGUAAGAGCGUUGUGCCAGUAACCGAAAGGUCGCUGGUUCUAAUCCCCGAGCCGACUAGGUGAAAAAUCUUUCGAUGUGCCCUUAAGCAAGGCACUUAACCCUAAUUGCUCCUGUAAGUCGCUCUGGAUAAGAGCGUCUGCUAAAUGACUAAAAUGUAAAUGUAAAAUGUAAAAGUCUCAUUGCUUGGGGUUGGAAGCUGUCUCGGAGCCUGUUGGUCCAAGACCUGAUACUCUGGUACCGCCUGCCGGACGGAAGCAGAGAGAACAGUCUAUGGCAGGGGUGGCUGGAGUCUUUGGCAAUUUUUCGGGCCUUCCUCAGACACUGCUUGGUGUGUAUGUCCUGAAUGGCUGGGAUCUCGCCCCCAGUGAUGUGCUGAGCCGUCUGCACCACCAUCUGUAGGGCAUUGCGGACGAGGGCGUUGCAGUUGCCAUACCAGGCAGUGAUGUAGCCAGUCAAGAUGCUCUCAAUGGUGCAUCUGUAGAAGUUCUUAAGGGUUUAAGGGGCCAUGCCAAAUCUCUUCAGCCUCCUGAGGGUGAAGAGGCGCUGUCCAUGUUAAGUUAUCAGUGAUGAGGACGGCAAGAAACUUAAAGCUCUUGACCCUCUCCACUGUGGCCCCGUCAAUGUGGAUGGGGGUGUGCAUCCCCCCCGCCCCCUUUUUCCUGUAGUCCACGAUCAGUUCCUUGGUCUUGCUGACGUCGAGGUGGAGAUUGUAGUCCUGGCACCACACUGCCAGGUCUCUAAAUUUGGUUAGCAUUUCUAUGUCUCGUCGCCGUGAUCAGUCCUACUACCGUUGUGUCGUCAUCAAACGUGAUGAUGGAGUUUGAGCCGUGCGUGACCAUACGGUCGUGGGUGAACAGGGAGUACAGGACAGGACUAAGUACACACCCCUGGGGGGCCCCGUGUUGAGGGUCAGCGUGGCAGCGGUGUUGUUGCCUACCCUCACCACCUGGGGGCAGCCCAUCAAGAAGUCCAGGAUCCAUUGCAGAGGGAGGUGUUCAGUCCCAGGAUCCCAAGCUUGGUGACGAGCUUGGAGGGGACUAUGGUGCGUGUUGAACGCUGAGCUGUAGUCAAUUAACAGCAUUCUCACAUACACAGUAUACACACAGCAUUCUCAGGAGGCUGGUAGAGGGUCAGCUUUGGGUUAAGCUGGAUGAAUGGAGAGCUUAUAGUAUCUCCAAACAGCAUUUACUAGGGCUUAGUUUGUGGAUGCAUCCCCUACUGGAUGAAGACUGGCUUUCACUUUCUGAUUAGACUGAGGAACUACACUGAACAAAAAUAUAAACGCAACAUGUAAAGUGUUUCCAUGUUGCAUGAGCUGAAAUAAAAGAUCCCAAAAAUGUUCCAUACGCACAAAAAUCUUAUUUCUCUCAAAUUUUGUGCACAAAUUUGUUUACAUCCCUGUUGGUGAGCAUUUCUCCUUUGCCAAGAUAAUCCAUCCACCUGACAGGUGUGGUAUAUCCAGAAGCUGAAUAAAGAGCAUGAUCAUUACACAGGUGCACCUUGUUUUGACGGAGUGUGCAAAUGGCAUGAUGACUGCAGGAAUGUCCACCAGAGCUGUUGCCAGAGAAUUAAAUGUUAAUUUCUCUACCAUAAGCCACCUCCAACGUCAUUUUAGAAAAUUUGGCAGUGCGUCCAAACGGCCUCACAACCGCAGAUCAUGUGUAUGGUGUUGUGUGGUCGAGCGGUUUGCUGAUGUCAGCACUGUGAACAGAGUGCCCCAUGGUGGCGGUGGGGUUAUGGUAUGGGCAGGCAUAAGCUACGGACAACGAACACAAUUGCAUUUUAUCGAUGGCAAUUUGAAUGCACAGAGUUACUGUGACGAGAUCCUGAGGCCCAUUGUUGUGCCAUUCAAUCGCCGCCAUCACCUCAUGUUUCAGCAUGAUAAUGCAGGCCCCUUGUUGAAAGGAUCUAUACACAAUUCCUGGAAGCUGAAAAUGUCCCAGUUCUUCCAUGGACUGCAUACUCACCAGACAUGUCACCCAUUGAGCAUGUUUGUGAAACUCUGGAUCGACAUGUACGACAACGUGUUCCAGUUCCCGCCAAUAUUCAGCAACUAGCACAACAUUGAAGAGGAGUGGGACAACAUUCCACAGGCCACAAUCAACAGCCUGAUCAACUCUAAGCGAUGGAGAUGUGCCACGCUGCAUGAGGCAAAUGGCGGUCACACUAGAUACAGACUGGUUUUCUGAUCCACGCCCCUAUCUUUUUUUAAAAAGGUAUCUGUGACCAACAGAUGCAUAUCUGUAUUCCCAGUCAUGUGAAAUCCAUAGAUUAGGGCCUAAUUAACUUAUUUAAAUUGACUGGUUUCCUUAUAUGAACCAUUACUCAGUAAAAUCUUAGAAAUUGUUGCAUGUUGCGUUUAUAUUUUUGUUCAGAAUAGAAGACUAUGGUAACAUUGUGCUAUAUAUCACAUUGGGUUUCUUUGAACUAAAUAUCCUCAGGGAGUAUUUAUUUAGUGAUAAACAAGGGUUGGACUACAUAGAGGGCUGCUCUUGGAUAUCACACAUGGAUGUGGAAAUCUGAAUGGUGUCAUGGCUAUAUAAACUAUCACAUCCCUCUUUCAAACCGCAUGUGCAUUUGUUUGUAUGUGCGUGUGUAUGUCAAAUCAAAUCAAAUUCUAUUUCUCACAUGCUUCGUAAACAACAGUGAGAUACUUACAUACAGGUCCUUCCUAACAAUGCAGAGAGAUAGAUAAAUAAUGUGUGUGUGUGUGUGUGUGUGUGUAGGUGUGUGCUUGCCUGUGUGUUUGUCAGUGUUUGUGUGUGGUUGACAGAGAGGGAUAAAUAAAAAGUGUAAUUAGGCCAUAAGCUUUCAUAACAGAAUAUUUGUGUGUGAUCUGCCUGUUUAUUCACUUAGUUCACUCCUGUGUUGGGCCAUGGAGGCCUGGUCUACUCCUGGAGGGAUGUGGGAGAAAGGCAUUAUGAGAAAAAGAGAGGGAGAGAAAGCAAGAGAGAGAGAGAGAGAGAAGAGGGAGGAAGCGAUUUCCGCAUUAUGCCAACAGUGUUGGCAGACAGCCGGAAAGAGACCAGGAAGGCUGAACUGGAGGCUGGCCCACGCACGCACACACACAAUUUGCUCAUGCACAGGCAAACAAAUGUUCAAACACCCAUGCUUACAACAUUCAUACCCAGCACACUCCUCCAAGAACUCCAAAGUCUUAAAGGGCAAUUCCACCACUUUUGUGUUUUUGUGUCUGUAUACACACGUACAAUGCCUUCCACAUUUUGUUGUGUUACAGCGUGAAUUUAAAAUGUAUUACAUUUAGAUUGUGUCACUACACACAAUACCCCAUAAUGUCAAAGUGGAAUUAUGUUUUCAGAAAUCUUUGCUAAUAAAUAAAAAAUGAAAUGCUGAAACAUCUUGUGUUAUGUUCCCUAGCAAGAAGCAAAAACGUGUCACUCAAACAGAAGGGGGAACUAACAGUCACUGACAACAAUCAAAAUGAAACAGGUGGGGUUUUAGGAGGGGUUCUGAAAGACACUCAUGGGGGUGUCCACUGAAAGUUAACUAGCAACAACAACUGGAACCUAAAAGACACCAACCAUAAGCGCCCACUAAAUUUGCCCACUAAGAGGCAAACAAAAGAAAAACCCACACCAAACUUAAUGACAGGAAUCAAACCAAAAACGGUGGAGUAAAACAAAAACAGGGAAGAUCCGAUAAAGGAUUGUCUUUCUAGAAAUUUAAUAAGGAGCGCCAACUAAAAGAGAUAACCCUCCACAUCUCGCACGACAACUGGAGCACUGGGCCAUCCAAUCUUAGAUAUCACCUGGGCCAGCACAGGUCAAACACCUUCCCACAAACGAGAUGACAAACCAGCACAGGGGUAACACAUACUGACUAACGAGGUGACACCAAUCGGUGCGCCCCAUGUGCUAAUGACAACCUCGAAAUAUAAAUGGAAAAACCAAAGCCUGAAACACUUGAGUAGUAGUCAAUAAGUAGUCAACCCCUUUGUUAUGGAAAGUCUAAAUAAGUUCAGGAGUAAAAAUGUGCCUAAUAAGUUGCAUGGAAUCCAUCUAUGUGCAAUAAUAGUGUUUAACGUGAUUUCUGAAUGACUACCUCAUCUCUCUACUCCACACACACAAUUAUCUGUAAGGUCCCUCAGUUGAGCAGAGAAUUUCUGUCAUACGUAUUGUACCACAACCAGAAAGACCAUGGAGGUUUUCCAAUGCCUCGCAAAGAAGGGCACCUAUUGGUAGAUGUGUAAAAAAAAAAAAUGCUGAAAUUAAAUAUCCCUUUGAGCAUGGUGAAUUUAUUAAUUAACCUUUGGAUGGUGUAUCAAUACACUCAGUCACUACAAAGAUACAGGCGUCCUUCCUAACUCAGUUGCUGGAGAGGAAGGAAACCUCUCAGGGAUUUCACCAUGAGACCAAUGGUGACUUUAAAACAGUUACAGAGUUUAAUGGCUGUGAUAGGGGAAAACUGUUUGCAGUAAGGCAAUAAAGUAAAACUGCAAAAUAUGUGGCAAAGAAAUUAACUUUAUGUCCUGAAUACAAAGUGUUAUGUUUUGGUCAAAUCCAACACAACACAUCGCUGAGUACCACUCUUCAUAUUCUCAAGCAUGGUGGUUGCAUCAUUUUAUGGGUAUGCUUGUCAUCGGCAAGGACUAAGGAGUUUUUUAGGAUACAAAAUAAACGGAAUAGACUUAAGCACAGGCCAAAAAAUAUCAAUUUUAUCAAUUUUGAGGCUAUAACACAACAAAAUGUGGAAUAAGUCAAGGGGUAUGAAUAUUUUUCGAAGGCACUGCACAUGCAAGGGUAUGUACAGUGGGGGAAAAAAGUAUUUAGUCAGCCACCAAUUGUGCAAGUUCUCCCACUUAAAAAGAUGAGAGAGGCCUGUAAUUUUCAUCAUAGGUACACGUCAACUAUGACAGACAAAAUGAGAAAAAAAAUCCAGAAAAUCACAUUGUAGGAUUUUUAAUGAAUUUAUUUGCAAAUUAUGGUGGAAAAUAAGUAUUUGGUCAAUAACAAAAGUUUCUCAAUACUUUGUUAUAUACCCUUUGUUGGCAAUGACACAGGUCAAACGUUUUCUGUAAGUCUUCACAAGGUUUUCACACACUGUUGCUGGUAUUUUGGCCCAUUCCUCCAUGCAGAUCUCCUCUAGAGCAGUGAUGUUUUGGGGCUGUCGCUGGGCAACACGGACUUUCAACUCCCUCCAAAGAUUUUCUAUGGGGUUGAGAUCUGGAGACUGGCUAGGCCACUCCAGGACCUUGAAAUGCUUCUUACGAAGCCACUCCUUCGUUGCCCGGGCGGUGUGUUUGGGAUCAUUGUCAUGCUGAAAGACCCAGCCACGUUUCAUCUUCAAUGCCCUUGCUGAUGGAAGGAGGUUUUCACUCAAAAUCUCACGAUACAUGGCCCCAUUCAUUCUUUCCUUUACACAGAUCAGUCGUCCUGGUCCCUUUGCAGAAAAACAGCCCCAAAGCAUGAUGUUUCCACCCCCAUGCUUCACAGUAGGUAUGGUGUUCUUUGGAUGCAACUCAGCAUUCUUUGUCCUCCAAACACGACAAGUUGAGUUUUUACCAAAAAGUUAUAUUUUGGUUUCAUCUGACCAUAUGACAUUCUCCCAAUCCUCUUCUGUAUCAUCCAAUGGGCACUCUAGCAAACUUCAGACGGCCUGGACAUGUACUGGCUUAAGCAGGGGGACACGUCUGGCACUGCAGGAUUUGAGUCCCUGGCGGCGUAGUGUGUUACUGAUGGUAGGCUUUGUUACUUUGCUCACCGUUCUUGUGAUCAUUUUGACCCCACGGGGUGAGAUCUUGCGUGGAGCCCCAGAUCGAGGGAGAUUAUCAGUGGUCUUGUAUGUCUUCCAUUUCCUAAUAAUUGCUCCCACAGUUGAUUUCUUCAAACCAAGCUGCUUACCUAUUGCAGAUUCAGUCUUCCCAGCCUGGUGCAGGUCUACAAUUUUGUUUCUGGUGUCCUUUGACAGCUCUUUGGUCUUGGCCAUAGUGGAGUUUGGAGUGUGACUGUUUGAGGUUGUUGACAGGUGUCUUUUAUACUGAUAACAAGUUCAAACAGGUGCCAUUAAUACAGGUAACGAGUGGAGGACAGAGGAGCCUCUUAAAGAAGAAGUUACAGGUCUGUGAGAGCCAGAAAUCUUGCUUGUUUGUAGGUGACCAAAUACUUAUUUUGCACCAUAAUUUGCAAAUAAAUUCAUUAAAAAUCCUACAAUGUGAUUUUCUGGAAAGAAAAAUUCUCAAUUUGUCUGUCAUAGUUGACGUGUACCUAUGAUGAAAAUUACAGGCCUCUCUCAUCUUUUUAAGUGGGAGAACUUGCACAAUUGGUGGCUGACUAAAUACUUUUUUCCCCCACUGUAUUUGCUAUAUUUGGUCCCUCUCUAAAACUCAAAUCCUAUGUAAGCUCAUCAAACUCUUCCAGACACACUCGCCACAGCUAAGUAUCUACAGUGGCUUGCGAAAGUAUUCACCCCCCUUGACAUUUUUCCUAUUUUGUUGCCUUACAACCUGGAAUUAGAAUGGAUUUUGUGGGGGUUUGUAUCAUUUGAUUUACACAACAUGCCUACAACAUUGAAGAUGCAAAAUAUUUUUAUUGUGAAACAAGCAAAAAAAAAAAAAAAAAAUUGAGCGUGCAUAACUAUUCACCCCCCUCAAAGUCAAUACUUUGUAGAGCCACCUUUUGCAACAAUUACAGCUGCAAGUCUCUUGGGGUAUGUCUCUAUAAGCUAGGCACAUCUAGCCACUGGGAUUUUUGCCCAUUCUUCAAGGCAAAACUGCUCCAGCUCCUUCAAGUUGGAUGGGUUCCGCUGGUGUACAGCAAUCUUUAAGUCAUACCACAAAUUCUCAAUUGGAUUGAGGUCGGUGCUUUGACUAGGCCAUUCCAAGACAUUUAAAUGUUUCCCCUUAAACCACCCGAGUGUUGCUUUAGCAGUAUGCUUAGGGUCAUUGUCCUGCUGGAAGGUGAACCUCCAUCCCAGUCUCAAAUCUCUGGAAGACUGAAACAGGUUUCCCUCAAGAGUUUCCCUGUAUUUAGCGCCAUCCAUCAGUCCUUCAAUUCUGACCAGUUUCCCAGUCCCUGCCGAUGAAAAACAUCCCCACAGCAUGAUGCUGCCACCACCAUGCUUCACUGUGGGAAUGGUGUUCUCAGGGUGAUGAGAGGUGUUGGGUUUGCGCCAGACAUAGCGUUUUCCUUGAUGGCCAAAAAGCUCAAUUUUAGUCUCAUCUGACCAGAGUACCUUCUUCCAUAUGUUUGGGGAGUCUCCCACAUGGCUUUUGGCGAACACCAAACUUGUUUGCUUAUUUAUUUUUUUAAGCAAUGGCUUUUUUCUGGCCACUCUUCCAUAAAGUCCAGCUCUGUGGAGUGUACGGCUUAAAGUGGUCCUAUGGACAGAUACUCCAAUCUCCACUGUGGAGCUUUACAGCUCCUUCAGGGUUAUCUUUGGUCUCUUUGUUGCCUCUGAUUAAUGCCCUCCUUGUCUGAUCCGUGAGUUUUGGUGGGCGGCCCUCUCUUGGCAGGUUUGUUGUGGUGCCAUAUUCUUUCAAUUUUUUAAUAAUGGAUUUAAUGGUGCUCCGUGGGAUGUUCAAAGUUUCUGAUAUUUUUUUAUAACCGAACCCUGAUCUGUACUUCUCCACAACUUUGUUCCUGACCUGUUUGGAGAGCUCCUUGGUCUUCAUGGUAUCGCUUGCUUGGUGGUGCCCCUUGCUUAGUGGUGUUGCAGACUCUGGGGCCAUUCAGAACAGGUGUAUAUAUACUGAGAUCAUGUGACAGAUCAUGUGACACUUAGAUUGUACACAGGUGGACUUUAUUUAACUAAUCAUGUGACUUCUGAAGGUAAUUGCUUGCACCAGAUCUUAUUUAGGGGCUUCAUAGCAACGGGUUGUGAAUACAUAUGCACGCACCACUUUUCCGUUAUUUAUUUUUUAGAAUUUUUUUAAACAAGUUAUUUUUUUAAUUUCACUUCACCAAUUUGGACUAUUUUGUGCAUGUCAUUACAUGAAAUCCAAAUAAAAAUCCAUUUAAAUCACAGGUUGUAAUGCAACAAAAUAGGAAAAAUGUAAUGGGGGAUGAAUACUUUUGCAAGGCACUGUACGCAAGGCACACUGGCUACAGCUAAGUAUCUACACAGGGCACACACUAAGUACGUAUCUACACCUCGCUACAGCAGGAGAUGGCAACCCAUGUCAGCUGACUCAGUGUGGCACUGUUGUAGAAUGGAGGGAGAGGAGAGGAGAAGAACUGGGGUAAGAUAAUGAGGUCAGAGCUGUACGAAGGUUCAGUAGGAACCCCAAAUAAGACACAUAUAGCCCAGCAUUUACUGCAGUUGUCUGGGGGAAGGACAGAGAUUUUUUUAUUUUAUAUACAGGAACAAUAGCAGUCACUGCUUUACUUUGCAGCUGUGCUAAAAUACAGUGAGGAGAACAUGGGUAGCAUAUGUCUGUCUGUCUGUGAGGAGCAGAGAGGACAGGGGAGCACAUUUCGAGGAACACUGUGUGAGAAGAGAGAUUGACCUCAACCAUUCUGUGCUAGAAAUUGGAAUUGCCUCUAGAGCAGUUAUCUGGUGCAUACAGUACUCAGGUUAACCCAUAUAUUAUGAGAGGGAAGGUUUUUUCCUUGUAGAACACAAAGACAAAAGUUACUGUAAGAGGUAAGAUACCAAGCACUAAUGCAUAGUCAAAGAAUAAUAUAGACAACAUAUAUUUUGGACAACAAACACUCUCUCACACAUGCACACACUCACAAACAGGGGCAAAGGGAGACCAAAGUAACAGUAGACAGAAAGAGAUGUUUGUGAGAUGUCCUAAAUAGGGUAAAUAAGCUUUCAGAGUCCCUGUGUCAUGUAGGUCAUGUUUAAAACAGAAUAAUGUCCUCCACACAUGUGCUGCUGAUGAGGCACUGAUACCGGAAACAAGCAUGAAUCAUCUCCGGCUCCGCUCAACUCCAUCUUGAUGUAACUUAUUAAAAAGAGGCAGCUUACAUGUGUCAUCCUGAGGAUUAGUGAGACACCUUGUGUCCCAAAUGGCACCCUAUUCCCCAUAGGGCUCUGGUGAAAACUAGUGCACUAUAUAGGGAAUAGGGUGCCAUUUGGGACUGAGCCUCUCUCUCAUGCCUUGCCAUGUCUUCGCUAUGCCUUAGUCAGGCCAUUCUAGGUUAUUUAAGGUUGUAAGCAUGGCCCCUUUUACAGUAACAUAAGGUUAGCAGCUUUUCUCAAGACAAAUACACUGAGUGUACAAAACAUUAUGAACACCUGCUCUUUCCAUGACAUCGACUGACCAAGUGAAUCCAAGUAAAGGCUAUGAUCCCAUAUUGAUGUCAAUAUCCACUUCAAUCAGUGUAGAUUAAGGGGAGGAGAUAGGUUAAAGAAGGCCUUGAGACAAUUGAGACAGGGAUUGUAUGUGUGUGCCAUUCAGAGGGUGAAUGGGCAAGACAAAAGUUUUAAAUGCCCUUGAACGGGGUAUGGUAAUAGGUGCCAGGCGUUGGGCUUUUAUGGUGACCAUAUUACCGCCACACCGGCAGUCUUGAGUCAUGACGGCAGUCAAAUUCCACGUGACCGUUUAGUCAAGGUAAUUAGGCUUUUCCAAGCUCUGAUGCUGCAAACUUGCUAACUGCCUAGUACUCAGCACUCUAUUGUCCCUCUAAUCACUCUGACAUCAAUGCAAAUGUUAUCCAAAAUAUAAUCAAACACUUACAUUUACAUUUACAUUUUAGUCAUUUAGCAGACGCUCUUAACCAGAGCGACUUACAGGAGCAAUUAGGGUUAAGUGCCUUGCUCAAGGGCACAUUAACGUCAUUUAGCAGACGCUCUUAGCCAGAGCGACUCACAAAUUGGUGCGUUCACCCUAUAGCCAGUGGGAUAACCACUUUACAAUUUGGGGGGGGGGGGGAUUGGAUUAUUUCUCGCACUUCAUGAGUGCCCAUGAGCUCAUGUUGCGCAACAUUUCUAUAGGCUAUGCAAUUGCGUGAGAAAACAGAGUGAUGGCCUCUAUUAAAAAGAGAAGGAUCCUAUCAGCUAGGCCUACUAUAUUUAUUUCUCAACUUUCCUAAUAUUAAGCACUGCUUCUCUUUACAACAGGUGUAUAGCCUACCUGGCUGGCAUGAAAAUGAACCACGUGAAAAGCGUCCUCCAUUCGCUAUUUAAACGCAUAGAUGACGUAUUUUUUUCCGCUGCCCCUGUUUCAAGGGCAGGUGCAUGAUAAUGGUCAAUUUUAAAUCAAAACAAAUUUCACACAUAAAUGAUUUAGUAUAUGUAAAGACAAGAUUAAAUCAAGAAUAGUGUGAUGGGUGACAAUAUUAGCCUAUCACUUGUGGAUUAUAUAUUAUCACUUGUGAAUGAUGCCCAGCUUAAGGCAAACAGCGCAUUAAUUUUUUGGCGACUUCUUCAAAUCAUAGUCGCACACCUCAUGUAGCCUAGCCCAUAGGCCUAUAUUUUUUUAUAAGGUUUGUAUCACAACUAAAGUGGCCAAUAACUUCUUAAAAUAAAGCACAUUAAUCUGCUUUACAACUGGUAUACAUAUGCAGCGCGUGAGUUUCAAGUUUGGGGAAGAUAAUUUUCACCAUAAAAAUGCACCUUUAUAAUAAAAGCAAUACAUGCAUAAUCGCAUUUGUGGUCACGUUUGAGAAUGGUGUUUUCCUGCUAAUGGAACAUUCGCGCUUAUAGCCUACUGCCGUGUGUGCAUUGCUGCGCUUAUAACGUGAAGAAAUAGCCUAAUAGUUUAUCAACAUUUUAAGCUAAACGUUCUCAUAUGUUGCGUCAGGCUCAUUGCUUAAAACAGGGUUUUUUUAUGCAAGUGGUUGUAUUAAUUUGGGAUCUAUCGCACCCCACAACUGUCCUAGACUAUGAUUGGAAUAUUUAUUUCUCGCACAAAAUAGAAUAGGUCAACUUUCCUACUAUGGGGGAUAGUAGAUGGACAUAGGCUAGUGCUUUUGCUGUACGGCAGGCCUACUCAUCUUGUUGGCUGACGAAAAGUAAAUGUGGAUAGUUCUUCCAAUAUCUUCAAUAUGCGCCUCGGAAUUGGAUAAGGACGUGUGCAGUUCCGUCCCCGAUGUGUCUGUCUUCACUUGUAGCCUGUGAGAAAGACCAAAUCACAUGACAGAGAGCCAUGUGAGUGAGAGGUGCUUCGGCAUGCAGCCGGGAGAAGGGAAUUAUAAUUAUUAUAUUCAGCCCAAGGGCACAACGGCCACUGGCCAUAAAAGGCAUGGAUUUUUUUAGGGGGCAUUACGGCCACACAAAGGGGAUGCAGCCGGGAAAUUCGAGGUAUUAUCAAGUGCUUGUCAAAUUGUGAACGAGAGACUGAUGAAGUGUGAACAGCCUGCGCAAAAAAACAAAGCAGAGCGCAUGCUUUUCAUAUGACUUUUUUCAAAUCAUCAUUAGAGUCGCAUCAUGCAGCCUUAGAAUGUAUUAAAAAAUCAAAAAAUAUAGCCCAACGUUUGUAUCACAACUCAAUUUACAUAAAUAACUGUAAAUUAAGCAUAUAGGAGUAUCUGUUUCUUUGUUAUCCGCACAUCACAGAAUAGCUGCAUGUGCGCAUUGUUUGGAAAAAAUAUCCUUUCUAUUUUAUUCAGCUAUCUUCAAUUGUAUUCUUCAUACUAUUAAAUAAUGCCACGGAAUUCUAAGCAAAUCUUGUCUGCUGAAUGAACUAGUGUAGCCCACAGCCAUAUGGCAUAGACAGAUCUAUCACGUUUCAGGAGAAGAUUCAGAUGCAGACAGUGUCGAAGUAACAAAAGUUUAUUACAAAAACAGGGGGCAGGCAAAUGACAGGUCAAGGGCAGGCAGAGGUCAGUAAUCCAGAUCAGAGUCCAAAAGGUACAGAACGGCAGGCAGGCUCAGGGUCAAGGCAGAAUGGUCAAAACUAGAAAACAGGAACUUGAAAAAGACAGGAGCAAGGGGAAAAACACUGGUCGGCUUAACGAAACUAAACGAACUGGCAACAGACAAACAGAGAACACAGGUAUAAAUACACUGGGGAUAAUGGGGAAGAUGGGCGACACUUGUAGGGGGGUGGAGACAAUCACAAAGACAGGUGAAACGGAUCAGGGUGUGACAGUACCCCCCCACUAGGGGCGCCACCUGGCGUCCUACCUGGGCGCAUACCUGGUUGACCGGGGUGCCGGCGUUGAAAGUCAGCGAUGAGGCCUGGGUCCAGGAUGUCCCUAGCGGGGACCCAGCGCCUCUCCUCCGGGCCAUAACCCUCCCAGUCAACCAGGUACUGGAAUCCCCUGCCUCGAGGUCGAACCUUCAGGAGACGCCUCACCACGUACGCCGGUUGGCCGUCGAUGACACGGGGGAGAGGGGUGGGCCUGGAAACAGGAGACAAAGGGCUGUGAGACAUGGGUUUGAUCCUAGACACAUGAAAAGUGGGAUGUAUACGUACGGGGCAACAGAAGACGAACAGCAGAGGGGCUAAUGAUCUUGAAGAUUGGGAAAGAGCCGAUAAACUGGGGGGAAAGUUUGCGGGACUCCACCCGGAGGGGCAGAUCUUGGGUGGACAGCCAUACCUUCUGCCCGAGACGAUACCGGGGAGCCGGGGUCCGGUGUCUUGUUGUCGAUACCUGGAAGGUGGUCUUGAGAGAAGAGCCGACCGGGCUCUCCUCCAGGUACGACGACAGCGGCGGACAAACAUCUGGGCCGAGGGUAUGCCAACCUCUUCCUCUUGCUUUGGGAAGAGCGGGGGCUGAUAACCCAGGGAACACUCAAAGGGUGAAAGACGUGUGGCAGAGCAGGGAAGGGUGUUGCCGGGCGUACUCGACCCACACUAGUUGCUGGCUCCAGGUGGUGGGGUUGGCGGAGACCAGGCAGCGCAGAGUCGUUUCCAGGUCUUGGUUAGCUCGCUCCGACUGGCGGUUGGACUGAGGGUGGAAACCGGAGGACAGGCUGGCCGACAACCCGAUGAGUGUGCAGAACGCCUUCCAUAACCAGGACGAGAACUGAGGACCCCGGUCGGAGACCAUGUCCACUGGGAGUGCAUGGAUCCGGAAGACAUGCUGCAGCAUGAGCUGGGCCGUGUCUUUGGCAGAGGGUAGCGUAGGGAGAGGAAUUAAGUGGGCGGCUUUGGAAAACCGGUACACAACUGUCAGGAUGGCAGUGUUGCCAUCAGAUGGGGGAAGACCCGUGACAAAGUCCAGGGUUACGUGAGACCAGGGACGGUGAGGAACAGGCAGAGGUUGGAGGAGACCAGCCUAAGCUUGCCGAUGAGUCUUGUUCUGUGCACAGAUCGUGCAGGCGGCGACGAACGUGGAGACGUCAGGAACCAUGGUAGGCCACCAAAUGCGUUGUCGCACAAAGGCCAGGGUCCAAUGGGACCCCGGAUGGCAGGCAAGCCUGGAGGAGUGGGCCCUCUCCAGGACCGAUGAGCGGACAGCGUCAGAAACAACGCUGGGACAGGACUGCCCCCACUCCGACAUCCGAAGUGUCAGCCUCCACCACGAACUGGCGGGAUGGGUCAGGAUGAACCAAGAUGGGAACAGUGUUGAAACGGUGUUUGAGGUCCCGGAACGCUGGGUCAGCAGCUGGGGACCAUGUGAACGGAACCUUGGGAGAGGUGAGUGCAGACAGGGGGAAGCCACGGUGCUAGAACCCCGGAUAAAGCAGCGUUAAAAGUUGGCAAACCCCAGGAAACGUUCCAGCUGCACUCUGGACGUUGGCUGGGGCCAAUCCACCACCACUCUCACCUUCCCGGGAUACAUCUGUACACUCCCUGCAGCGAUGAUGUAGCCCAGGAAGGGGAUGGUGGAGCGAUGGAAUUCGCAUUUCUCCGCUUUCACAAAAAGCUGGUUCUCCAGGAGGCGUUGGAGUACCUGUUCGACGUGGAGCACUUGUUCUUGUGCAGAGCGGGAGAAGACGAGGAUGUCGUCGAGGUAGACGAAGACGAACCGGUUCAACAUGUCACGGAUAACAUCAUUAACCAGGGCCUGGACCACAGCUGGAGCACUGUUAAGGCCAAAUGGCGUGACCAGAUACUCUUAGUGACCGCUGGCCGUGUUGAAGGCAGUCUUGCACUCGUCCCCCUCCCGUAUCUGCACCAGGUGGAGGCGUUCUGUAGGUCCAGCUUGGAGAACACGUUGGUCCCCUGGAGUGCCUCGAAUGCCGAAGAGAUGGGUGGUAGGGGGUAGCGGUUCUUCACCGUGAUGUCGUUGAGGCCCCGGUAGUCGAUGCACGGGCGCAGGAUUUUGUCCUUCUUCUCCAUAAAGAAGAACUCUGCACCGGCGGGGGAGGCAGAAGGACGGGUGAACCCGGCAGCUAGGGAGUCCUCAAUGUAGGUCUCAAUAGCCUUGGUCUCCGGACCCGACAACGAGUACAGUCGUCCCCGGGGCGAAGUGGUGCCUUGGAGAAGGUCGAUUCCGCAGUCGUAGGGUCGGUGCGGCAGAAGCGAAGUGACCCGGGCCUUACUGAACACCUCCCGGAUGUCCUGGUACUCCGCGGGAAUGGUGGAGAGGUCCGAGGCAACUUCCAAGCCCCCAGGAAGACGUCCCGGGGCAGGCUGAGCUGACUUCAGGCAAUGAACAUGGCAGAACGGGCUCCAGCCCAUGAUGGCACCAGUAGACCAGUCAAUAAAGGGGUUGUGUCGCUGGUGCCAAGAGAAACCCAAUACCACGGGAACCUGAGGAGACUUAAUUAGCAGGAAUUGGAUCGUCUCGCUGUGGUUCCCUGACACUCGUAGAUUGAUGGGGGUGGUAUUGUGGUUGACCCGGCCUAUAGAGCGACCGUCCAGCACUCUAACGUCCAUAGGAAAGGAGAGGGGCUGAGUGGGGAUAACCAGAUCGGACACCAGGGUAGCGUCCAUACAGCUCUCAUCGGCCCCAGAGUCGAUGAGUACCCAAAGAGAUUUCGACUGGUUCCCCCACAUCAAGAUGGCAUGAAAGGGGGUGCGAGUAAGGGGAAAGAAAAAGUUAUCUGUAUGGUCCACCAGAGUACUCGCUCCUACCGGUGAGCCUGGUCUUUUAGUGGACAGGUGGACACAAAAUGACCAGUAGUCCCACAAUACAGGCAACUCUUCGUGUGAAGCCUGUAUUGCCGUUCGGCUGGAGACAGCCAAGCUCUGCCUAGUUGCAUCGGCUCGGGAAGAGGUGAAUCGGCAGACUUCGUAGACUCUUGGGGGAACUCGGUAGCCUCAGAGGCGAGGUGGAAUCCUUCCUCUCAAUCCUGUAGUCGCCCAUCAAUCCGAAUGGUCAAGGCGAUGAGCGAGUCGAGAUCCGAUGGUAGUUCCCGGGCUGCAAGCUCGUCCUUUACUUCCUCCGAUACUCCGUGCUGGAACGUGUCGAACAGCGCCUCCGGGGGGCAGGCAAACGACAGGUCAAGGGCAGGCAGAGGUCAGUAAUCCAGAUCAGAGUCCAAAAGGUACAAAACGGCAGGCAGUCUCAGGGUCAUGGCAGGGGCCAAUAAUCCAGGGUGGUGUGACAAGGUACAGAACGGCAGGCAGGCUCAGGGUCAGGGCAGGCAGAAUGGUCAAAACCGGGAAAACUAGAAAACAGGAACUUGAAAAAGACAGGAGCAAGGGGAAAACCGCUGGUAGGCUUAACGAAACAAAACGAACUGGCAACAGACAAACAGAGAACACAGGUAUAAAUACACUGGAGAUAAUGGGGAAGAUGAGCGACACCAGGAGGGGGGUGGAGACAAUCACAAAGACAGGUGAAACAGAUCAGGGUGUGACAAGAUCAGGGCCUAACAUAAGGACAACUCAGAGUAUGCUAUUCUGUUUACAUUUUACAUUCUGUUCUUCUGAAAUAGAUUACAUUUACAUCAUAUCAUGUUUCUUUAGACCUGUCUAAAAUAAAUAAUGGAUUUAUUGUGAAGGUGUAGGCUAUAUAUCAUGGAUUUAUUAUACUUUUUUAAAUGUAGAUGUUCCGAAGGUCUGCAUCAGUAGAUUGUAGGCUAUGUGUGGAAGUCAGGAGAUGCUAAAUGUGUUUAUGUUAGUUAACAGUCAAUUACCAUGAGACCGGCAGUUAUUUGCUUGACAAUCACCGGCUGACAAAAUGUCAUGACCGCCACAGCCCUAGCCAGGCGCACCGGUUUGUGUCAAGAACUGCAACGCUGCUGGGUUUUUCAUGCUCAACAGUUUCCCAUGUGUAUCAAGAAUGGUCCACCACCCAAAGGAACUGUGGGAACCAUUGGAGUCAACAUGGGGAAGGUGUUCUUAAUGUUUUGUACACUCAGUGUAAAUUCAGUGUGAAUAAAUGUGUUGGAUAGAUAAAGGUGUGAGAGGAAGUUCGCUCCUGAAUGUGUGCUAGAGAAGAAGUGGGUUACAAGGCGUUACAAGGUGAGUGCAGUUUGUGUGAGAAAACGUGUCUGUGUUUGCAUUAGAAAGAGGGUUCAACAAGUAUAGAGACAGUGUGCACGAGUUAGUGUGAGAGUCAGAGAGUGGUGAAAUAACUUAUUUGAAUGUGUGUGUGCGUGUGCAUGUGUGCGUGUAAGAUGUUGUAUUAAGAGGGAGGAGGGGUGCCGGCAGGAAGGCCUUUGUGUGUCUGAUGUCAUGGAAUGAUUAGUGUCUCUGUGAAAUCAGAAGUGGUGUUCUUACUGCUGCGGCUCGGUGGGAUAUACAGUGCAUUCGGAAAGUAUUCAGACCCCUUGACUUUUCCCACAUUUUGUUACGUUUCAGCCUUAUUCUAAAAUUGAUUAAAUAAAAUAAUUUCCUCAUCAAUCUACACACAAUACCCCAUAAAGCAUGGUGGUGGCAGCAUCAUGUAGUGGGGAUGUUUUUCAGCAGCAGGGACUGGGAGACUAGUCAGGAUUGAGGGAAAGAUGAAUGGAGAAAAGUACAGAAAGAUCCUUGAUGAAAACCUGCUCCAGAGCUCUCAGGACCUCAAGACUGGGGCGAAGGUUCAUCUUCAAACAGGACAAUGACCCUAAGCACACAGCCAAGACAACGCAGGAGUGGCUUUAUGGACAAGUCUCUGAAAGUCCUUGAGUGGCCCAGCCAGAGCCCGGACUUGAACCCGAUCUAACGUCUCUGGAGAGAACUGAAAAUAGCUGUGCAGCGACACUCCCCAUACAACCUGACAGAGCUUGAGAGGAUCUGCAGAGAAGAAUGGGAGAAACUCCGCAAAUACAGCUGUGCCAAGCUUGUAGCAUCAUACAAAAGAAGACUUGAGGCUAUAAUCGUUGCCAAAGGUGCUUCAACAAAGUACUGAGUAAAGGGUCUGAAUACUUAUGUAAAUGUGAUAUUUCAGUUUUUUAUUUUUAAUACAUGUGCAAACAAAGUCAAGGGGUCUGAAUACUUUCCAAAUGCACUGUAAAUAGACAGAAAAUCAGUACACCUCAACCCAGGACCACAGUACAUAUAGAUCAGAUCCAUAUUUGUCUUACACGCCAACCCUACUGUGCUACUGUGUGUGUGUGAGAGAGAGAGAGAGAGAGAGAGAGAGAGAGAGUAUACUAUACUGCUUUGGCAAUAUCUACAAAUUGUAAUUCAUGCCAAUAAAGCCAUUUGAAUUUGAGAGAGAGAGAUGAUCACUGCAUUCGUUCUAAAUUAUGAAGCUCUAAAUGAACUCAUGCAGUGCUCUGGGUAACAGUAACACUGAAUGGAAGAAUCUUCCUAUCCUCCCUCACGCUGCCUCGCUUCCCUUUCUCUCUCAUUCUCUCUCUCUCUCCCUUUCCCCCUCUCUCUCUGUUUCUCAAUCCUUCGUUCCUGCAGUUGCUAGGACAACGGUCCAGGAGAGGGCUAGUUCCCAGUGUAGAGCAGGAUAUGGAGCGCUAUCUCCAACCCACCCCAUCUCACCUCACCUGCCUCCUCACCCCCACCCUGACCACACCCCUCUCCAACACCCACUAAUGUGUCCUACCAAACACACCAGGCCAGCCAACACUGUCGACACAUGGCUAACUAAACCUAACAAACAGAAAAAACGUACAGACUAUUACUCACACCAUAACUCAUACAAUAUCUCUCUUGCUCACACACAUACACACAGACACAGUGCUGUGAGUUCUCUGACAUGUCCGGCAUGGCUCUAAUGCCAGUGCGAAAAGAGCCAGAAGCAAAAAGAAACAGAGAGAGACAAAAACAAAUCAAUAACCAUCGACAUGCAAUACUGCACCAAGACAGUUCCUGCACAAACAAGGAAGAGAGAGAGAGAGAGAGAGAGAGAGAGAGAGAGAGAGAGAGAGAGAGAGAGAGAGAGAGAGAGAGAGAGAGAGACUAGGAAGAAUGGUAAAGGCAAAACGGCUUUAUGUCGGCAUUAUGUCAUGCGAGCUUAAACAGAAGUAUCCAUUGUCAUCAGGCCUCUAUUAUUUUAUGAGACCACAGUAGCAUGACAGAGAAAGAUGAAAGCAUGGGGCUGUCUGACUGUCGUCAUAUGUACUGUACAGUCAGUAGGCUACCUCACCAGACUGCAGAGAGGAAUCUGAGUCUAACCUAGGAUCGAAGAUAGGUAAAGCAUAUGGCAGAGAUCAAUGAGAGAGCAGCCAGAUGAAAACAGAGAGAGGAGACAGUGAUUAUGGCUGGGAUACAGGGUGGGCUCAUUGUUUCUGCAGGUGCAUUAUUUAUUAGGCUAUCCCAGCUUGCCAGACUCUUACUACUUAGAGGACCUGACCUCAAACAGAGUGGGUCUUAGGAAAAGGGAAAUUGGCCAUCUAUUAUAUUUUAAGCACAACAAAAAAGCUCUACAUUCCAAUGCACGUACAGUACACUCACAAAGUCAGUCACAUCAACUUCCGCCCUGCAGUUGCUUUCAGGAAUUUAUUUAGUUUUUUUAUUAUUAUUAUUAUUAUUAUUAUUAUUAUUAUCUCCCCCCUACAGGACGGCCCAUGCGCGGGGGAAGGCGGAGGCGGCCGUGGGAGCUGGCCAGAAGGCCCAGGAGGAGUGUCGCCUCGCCAGGGUCACCGCCAAAGGGUUCUCCCCCUCCUUCCAGCACCGUGAAAACGGUGAGUGUGCCACCACUUGCUGCCAUGAUCACCAUCCCCAUGGCAACCAUCAAUACAAUACACCAGAAGCACCAGUUUUGAAGACACACAGUAGUCUUUUGAUAACCACAAAUGCCAAUACACUAAUGCUAUUAGUCUAUUUGACACUUACAGUGUGUCACUUUAUGUAAUCAACGUGAAAUGCUGAGAGAAAAUAUUGUAUCAAAGUGAGGCAACCACCCCAUUGUCCCAUACAGUGCCUUGCAAAAGUAUUCAUCCCCCUUGGCGUUUUUCGUAUUUUGUUGCAUUACAACCUUUAAUUUAAAUGGAUUUUUAUUUGGAUUUCAUGUAAUGGACAUAAACAAAAUAGUCCAAAUUGGUGAAAUGAAAUGAAAAUUCACCCCCUUUGCUAUGAAGCCCCUAAAUAAGAUCUGGUGCAACCAAUUACCUUUAGAAGUCACAUAAUUAGUUAAAUAAAGUCCACCUGUGUGCAAUCUAAGUGUCACAUGAUCGGUCAAAUGAUCUCAGUAUAUAUACACCUGUUCUGAAAGGACCCAGAGUCUGCAACACCACUAAGCAAGGGGCACCACCAAGCAAGCGGAACCAUGAAGACCAAGGAGCUCUCCAAACAGGUCAGGGACAAAGUUGUGGAGAAGUACAGAUCAGGGUUGGGUUAUAAAAAAAUAUCUGAAACUUUGAACAUCCCACGGAGCACCAUUAAAUCCAUUAUUAAAAAAUUUAAAGAAUAUGGCACCACAACAAACCUGCCAAGAGAGGGCCACCCACCAAAACUCAUGGACCAGGCAAGAAGGGCAUUAAUCAGAGAGGCAACAAAGAGACCAAAGAUAACCCUGAAGGAGCUGCAAAGUUCCACAGCAGAGAUUGGAUUAUCUGUCCAUAGGACCACUUUAAGCCGUACACUCCACAGAGCUGGGCUUUACGGAAGAGUGGCCAGAAAAAAGCAAUUGCUUAAAGAAAAAAAUAAGCAAACACGUUUGGUGUUCGCCAAAAGCCAUGUGGGAGACUCCCCAAACAUAUGGAAGAAGGUGCUCUGGUUAGAUAAUACUAAAAUUGAGCUUUUUGGCCAUCAAGGAAAACGCUAUGUCUGGCGCAAACCCAACACCUCUCAUCACCCUCAGAACACCACCCCCACAGUGAAGCAUGGUGGUGGCAUCAUCAUGCUGUGGGGAUGUUUUUCAUCGGCAGGGACUGGGAAACUGGUCAGAAUUGAAGGAAUGAUGGAUGGCGCUAAAUACAGGGAAAUUCUUGAGGGAAACCUGUUUCAGUCUUCCAGAGAUUUGAGACUGGGACGGAGGUUCACCUUCCAGCAGGACAAUGACCCUAAGCAUACUGUUAAAGCAACACUCAAGUGGUUUAAGGGGAAACAUUUAAAUGUCUUGGAAUGGCCUAGUCAAAGGCCAGACCUCAAUCCAACUGAGAAUCUGUGGUAUGACUUAAAGAUUGCUGUACACCAGCGGAACCCAUCCAACUUGAAGGAGCUGGAGCAGUUUUGCCUUGAAGAAUGGGCAAAAAUCCCAGUGGCUAGAUGUGCCAAGCUUAUACAGACAUACCCCAAGAUACUUGCAGCUGUAAUUGCUGCAAAAGGUGGCUCUACUAAGUAUUGACUUUUGGGGGGUGAAUAGUUAUGCACGCUCAAGUUUUCUGUUUUUUGUCUUAUUUCUAGUUUGUUUCACAACAACAACAAAAACGAUUCUGCAUCUUCAAAGUGGUAGGCAUGUUGUGUAAAUAAAAUGAUACAAACCCCCCAAAAAUCAAUUUUUAAUUCCAGGUUGUGAGGCAACAAAAUAGGAAAAAUGCCAAGGGGGGUGAAUACAUUCGCAAGCCACUGUAUGUCUCCUGAACAUGUAACUAAUGGAGAGAGAUAGGAGAGAAUGACAAAGUAAAUCGGGUGUCAGUGUCAGGCGUGUGGUUUCUGUACAGUAUGUGCUCGGGCCCCAUGGGACCAGUUACCCACAGUGCAGUGCAAGCCAUGAGUGAUGGAGGCAGUAACAGGAAGCUGGAGGGAGGUCAACAAUGACCUUUCCAACCAGCCCACGCAAGGCAGGCUGACUGACACACACACACAAACACAUACACAAACACUUCCUGACAUAUACUGUCCCUAACUUGUUUUUUUUGUCCACGUACCUGACGAUACCUUGAUAGCUGGUUUUAAUGUCAUGACAUUAUAAAGAAUCACAGUAACAGAUUCCCUAGAAGGCUGGGUUUAUCCUCAGAGCCAUGGCAACAGAGUGUCCUAACCGCUCUUUAAAAAAGGGUUCAUUUCAACAAGCUGCUAUGGGCAGAUAAAACAUAAGGUUUCUGUACUUGCGUAACCCCGGUUCUCUGAUAUUAUGAGUGAGAUAUCUCACAUGAUUCACCAGAAUCUCAGAAGCUCAAAGAACCAAUCACACACGUCUGUCGGAGACAGACAGGUCGAGUGGCAAAAGAGUUGAGUCCCUUCCCUGAUCAUAAAGUGACAGUAGGUGUGCUCUGCUCCACAGAAUAAUCCUGACGGAUAGUCUGUGUAAGAGAGGGGACCAAAUGCCACCCUGGCGGUUGAUAUAAGCUACCACAGUCGUAUUGUCCGUUCUGAUCAAGACGUGAAAAUUCCGAAGGGAGGGUCAAAAGUGUCUCAGAGAGAGAAACACUGUCAGCAAUUCAAGGUAAUUUAUGUGAGUAAUGCAGAGUUGUGGGUUCCACACUCCAUUUAUUGCCUUCCCCUCAUGACCUGCGCCCCAGCCUGUGAGUGACGAGUGUGUCGUCAUCACUUUCCUCGUUGCCACUACCCCUAGGGGAGUGCCAGGAACGAAGAUUGAGGGGCUCUUCCAGUGACGGAGAGCCAAGAGACAUGUGGAGGUCACCUUUAUCUGAAGACUGAGGUGACGCCGUGUACACGGAAGUCUCUCAUCCUCAGUAGGCCAAGAGGUACCACUGAGAUGGUGAACGCCAUUAACCCAGUGUUCAGUUCGUCAACAAUAACUAUGAUUAAAAAUACUCGUCAACUAUCUAUUUUUCCUGAGGAAAACGAAUUAUGAUAACAAGACCAGAUGCACUGAGAAAUACGAUAACUAUUACCAAUUACUUUUCAUUUUUGUUGACGAAAAUGUAACGAGACUAGAAUUCCACGUGAGACUAAUGGAUGUUCAAUUUGACAUGAAGCUCCUUUUCAUCUGUUUUGUUCAAUCAUAAGCAUGCAUCUCUUUGCAGAAUAUAUAAUGCAUUCCUCUCAUUGGCCGAUAAUGUGUAUCUGUUGCGCAGGCUGAUUGAGUUGAUCUGGAUCGUGGGCUAGUAGCCUAGCUAGUUAGCACAAUGUUAGCCAAAGAAAGCUAGCGCUUUGUUGGUCUUGCAUCGAAGAAAACUGUGGCUCUCAACCGAUAAGCAGUGAAACUAGGACAGUCGGUCUAGUCAACGUGGCACUGUAGUGGUUUGAGCUAAAUGAGAGAGCGAGCUAGUAAUUCUACCCUUCCAGGUAGAAAAUCUAGUCGGCAGGAUAGUUAGCCUUGCGGCAAGCUAGCCAGGUUAGCUAAGCCUUGCAGCUAAGCUAGCCAAGUCUCAGUAGCUAGCAAUGUGAUGCUAGCUACCACAGGAGACAAAAGGAAGAAAAAGCAGAAAGGCUAAUUCUUUCCUGAAACGAAAACUCGUUUUGGUAAAGUCACCCAACACAGAAGACAGGAGCUGAAAAACCUGCGUUCGGCGGCGUAACCUCACGGCACACCUGCGAACAGUUGAACAGGAAAACAGGUCAAGUCGUGCCGAGGAAAGCUUAAAGUAGGACUCUUCUGUGAGGAAGAGAUGUGAGAAUGAUCAGAGGGCGGGUGAGUGGCUCUUGAUGAUGAGGGGAGGGGCUAACCUCAUUUGCCACUCAAACCUUUUGCAUACAUUAUCUGUGCAUUUGUACAUGAUAAAUUAGCCCAUUGAGCACUAUGGAACCCUGGAGAUCCUCAAGGAACCCUGGAGUUCUUCAAGUAACCAUUGCAGUCAAUGGGUUCAUAUUUGCACCUUUGGUUAGUUGAGGGGUUCUUGGAGGAACUUUAAUGUUUCAAUGUAGCACAGGGUUCCUAUAGGAACUAUUUUGCUGGCACAUGCAGAGCACUUUGAAUGUAUUUAUCUGUUGGAUUUUGUUGUGCUGCCAGACUCAGAAGGUUUUCGGCGAUGGCUUUAUGGGAUAGCUAGAAACUUGUAAACAAUUACCCAUUCCUUUAUGAGUACUAUUUCAAUAGCAAUGUUAAAUAAUACAACAUUGGCUGUCAAGCCAAUGAUAUUAUAUGACUGCUAAUUCCAAAAAGUGAUGGUAAUGACGUUUGUUUAUGAAGAUUGAUGAUUGAUGAUUUGAUUGGGUGUUGACUUAGGUCACUAGCUAGCUACAGUAUCUUCAGCCUAGCUUUUAGCUAGCUGCUCUGUGUAAGAGUAACAGCAAUAAUAUUGUAGCGGUGGCAGCCUAUCAGAAGAUUGGAGGCUUGGCUUAUUGGAGGCAUGGCUUUCAGAUAGUUAUUUUUGUCCACCCGUGAUAGUAAAUGUCAUGCCUGUUCUGUUGUACUGUUAUUAAAGGCCAAGCUUGUACACUAUCAGUUCCAAAGCCUUGUAAAGGCUUACAUAAGUGCAUGUGAUACUAAGAGACAAAUAGUUGUAUUGUCAUUAUAGGUUAAGGUUGUACACUGACAGUUCUGAAGUCUUGUUAAAAUAGCAAUCAAUUUUUCAGAUAGCCACCAUUUUGUUACAAUAGUGUCAGAAGAGGCAUAACAGCGCACCCAAGCCUUGGUGACGAAAUGGUGACUAUCUGAACAAUGGAUUGCUAUUUUAACAAGACUUCAGAACUGUCAGUGUACAACCUUAACCUAUAAUGACAAUACAACAGAACACAUGAACAGGUAUGACAUUUACUCUCACAGGUGGCCAAAAACAACUAUUUGAACGCCACGCCAAUACACCACGCCUCCCAUCUUCUGAUCACAAAAAGGUUAAUGUUUGAAACUUUUCAGAGGGGUUCCUCGAGGAACCUUUUUCAAAGGGGUUCCUCUAAGAACCUUUUCAGAGAGGUUCCUCAAGGAACCUUUUUGAAUUUAAAAGGUUCCCCCACAGUGGCAAUCGUUUUGAACCCCAAAGGUUCUUCAAGGGUCCUUUUCUUCUAUGAGUGUGCUGUGCUGUGUUGCACAGGAUAAAGAUUGUGUGAGUGCUGUGACUGUCUGGGUGCAGAUGUCUAGGAGACAGCGAGGUAAGGUAGGCAAUGCAGAGAAAGAGAGGGGUGAUUAGCGUAACUGAGUAGAAUGCUUAACCAGCUCCCGAUCUCUCACAGGUUCUGCUGACUUUGUAAAACCUGAAAAAAGGCAGAGUCUAGUCUACAGACAGGACAAGGGUGGUCACGAAUAGUCUGUCUACUUUAAAGAGGUAUUCUGUGCUGUAUGCAUGAUUGCAUAAUAGAAUGGGGACGUCAACUACACGCAUCUCAGGAAAGGAAAUUAGGUCAUUUAAAGUCAAUGUGUGGGGUUAUGGUUCCUUCCAGAUGCACAUCCCUUUGAUUUCCUUAACAUUAUACUGACAUCAUCUGGUUGACGUUAGCAGUACAGUUGUUCAUGUCAUCAUGGGGUCAGUUGGUUUCGCCCAUAAAACAGAGGUUGGACUACAUGCAUACAAAACAGAGAGAAUAGCUAAAUCAUUCUAAAUCAUUCACUUUGAAAUGGAACUAUGCCAAUGUUUUGAAAUGUGACUAUCCCAAAGUUGUGUGUCAUGCUGUCCUGACUCUUUAUCUCUCUCCCUGUGUCUCAAUCUCUGUGUCUCUCUCCCUGUGUCUCUCUCUCUCUGUGUCUCUCUCCCUGUGUCUCUCUCUCUCUGUGUCUCUCUCUCUCUGUGUCUCUCUCCCUGUGUCUCUCUCUAUGUGUCUCUCUCCCUGUGUCUCUCUCUCUCUCUCUCUCUCUCUCUCUCUCUCUCUCUCUCUCUCUCUCUCUCUCUCUCUCUCUCUCUCUCUCUCUCUCUCUCUCUCUCUCUCUCUCUCUCUCUCUCUCUCUCUGUGUGUCUCUCUCUGUGUCUCUCUCUCUGUGUCUCUCUCUCUGUGUCUCUCUCCCUGUGUCUCUUUGCUGUUGGUCAGGAGUAGAGGUCCGAAGGCCAAAGCAUCAGAACUCCAGUGAGAACGACAUCGAGGUGAUCUCCAGUGGCACGGGGCCAGACAGUCCUGAACUCUACAUAAAGGGCACCACGCCCCCCAACCUGACCCCUGACCUUAGCCCUGAGGCCAGCCACCCAUCCUCACCCCCCUGCAGCCCCACCACUGCCAAGCCACACCGCACCAAGAACGCACGCUUCCUGCGGCAGAGUGCUGUGGACGACACUGUGGGUGGCGGUGGGGGCAGUGGCGGUGGGGGAGGGGGCAGUGGCAGUGGAGGAGGGGGCAGUGGUGGCCAGGAGAUCCAGGUGCUGAUGGAGGGCCGUGGAGGGGGGGAGUACCUAAGGGCCAACAGCUGGAGCGAGGACAAGCGCUCUUCUAAAGGGGGCAGCAGGGGGGGCAGCAGGGGCAGCAGUCGCUCCACCACCCCCUCUGUCCAGGACGAGGCCAGGGGCCGCACCAAUGGCCACGGCCAUAAGCACGCCUCCUCCAAUCACAAGUCUCGAGAGCAUGGCUCGUCCAAUCACAAGGCCUCCAGGGACCGAUGGUCGGACUGCCCGUCGGCAUCGUGGAGGUCCCAGCAGACGCACAGCGGUGACACGCGGCUGCUGGAGCAGGAUGAGGAGAAGCUGAGCAACUACGAGAUGGAGAUGAGGCCGCUGCAGCCCAUGGACUCCAACUCCCAGAAGCCCUAUGGGUUGGGAGAGGAGAGCCAUGGUCACAGUUGUGAGGCCCGCUCCCACACGCUGCAGAGACAGCGGCCUUCUAAGAGCCGGGAGGCCAGGGAGGGCCGGGAAAGGGAGGCGGCACGGCCGUCAGGAGAGUGGGAGGGCAUAGAGGGAAAGGAUGGUCCGGCCCCAGACUCAAUGCAAAAGCUGGACAGUCUGAGCAAGGGGGACAAGUUGGAGGCUCGGCCUCUGCGCAGGGACCUCACCCUCUCCCCCCCACAGAAAUCCUCACCCAUUGCACUAGAACACGACGAUGACAAGAAACUAACCCAGCUCAAAGCAAACUCGGUAAGGACGCCUCCUCUCACCCACACACUCAUAGUCACACUUAGUCAUAUAAUUUGCUUGUUGUGUGCACACAUGCUGAAAAUCACACAUGCGUGAGAAAUCACUUGCAUGCACAUGUCAACUGCAUUUACACAGCAUUCAAACACAAUUUUACUGUAAUCAAUGAUAGAAGUACUAUAAAUGUAUAAUUACUGUGCUGUAUACAGACAUAAUAACAGAAUGAACUCAUACUGUAGCUAUGUACAGUAGUAAGUGGGAGCAUCCCGGGCCCUGAUGUAGUCUCCUGAUAGGCAAGUGCUCUACACAACACAGACACUGUGGUCAGGCUCUCUAACCUCCCACAGUCCCCUCCACCGCACCACACAGCCUCAGCUAGCUAUCUCCCACUGUACUCCCAGCACCUUAGUAACAGCAGAUUGGCAAAGUAUCUCCUUCCACAAAGCAUCCCUGCAUUGGCUGCCCCACGCUCUGUUGCUAGGAAACAGCUUAUGCCUUGCUUCAGCAGGAGCCAAUCAGUGGGUGUGUGUUGGUGUCUGGGGGGGGGUUUGCAGCCGCAGAGAGGCGAUUAAUGCAGCUGACUUGUGUAAGACAGGUUCACAUGAAACAUAGAUACAUUCACGCAUAAGCAGACACAGAUUCUGCAAGUGAUCACAUUGUAAAACACCUUUACACAAAGCUCUCCCUAUAGUCUAUUCUAGCAGCACAGUUAAACAUACAGAUAUCCACGAGGAUACUCCAACAGGACACAUGGAGCUAAUGUCCACGUAUCACACAGACAAAUGGGAUCAGUGAACUGAGCCAUCUACACAACCUGUUUGGCAUGGAGAGUGCACCACCAUAACGACAGGGUCACUGGCAUAUGAAGUGCAUCAAUUAUACACAAUAUCCAUAUCCUUCGGAUGAAUCAUUCAGUAGCAUGGUGUAGGGUAAACAUAGCUGUUGUUAGAGGAUACCAAUGAUCAUGUGAAUUACAGUUGAAAGAAUUAUCUUUAUUCAAAAUAUUUUAGAUGUCAUGCUAUGGACUCAACUUAAGUAACUGCUUUAAUAAUUACAUAGGUCAUUUGUAAUGCUCUUUCCCUUUUAUGAGUGCUCCAGCCCUAUACAUUUUCCAUGACAGAGUUACAAAAGCUCAUCAGUUAGGUGUCCCUAAUAGUCUGCGGUUUUAACAUGCUGGCUCUCAAUAACACUGAGAGACUAAUUUACAGUACAUGAAAAUACAGUAUCUCUCAAAUGAACCUAAUUAUACAGAGUAAAUACCAACAUUAAAGAAAGUACACAUUAGCUGUGUCUUUGCUUGUGUGUGUGUACAGUUAGAGCUGUGUGUGUGUGUGUGUGUGUGUGUGUGUGUGUGUGUUAGUGGGGGAAGUCUGAAUUAACACAUUCUAUUCUCUCCCUCCCUCCUCCACAGGGCUCCAGCUCAAUUCUGGUCGUCAUGGUGAUUUUGCUCAACAUUGGAGUCGCAAUUUUGUUUAUUCACUUUUUUAUUUAAAAAUGGAUUGCCUAAUGAUUCCUAUUAUUAUCUAUGCUAUUAUUAUAACAUAUUAUGAGUAUCAUCAUGACAAUACAGCCCUUGGCCAUUUUACACUAUGUAAAGAGUACAGUAAGAGUAUUAACAAUAUGGGGAUAAAGAUGGUUCCCAAUGCCCAGAUUUCAGAUAAGCAGUGAUCUGCUUUCUCUCCCUGACAUUACCUGUUUUUCAUCUGAAAUUGUUGUUUAAAAAAGGUUUGUAACUUAUAAUUUAACUUAUUAAUUUGCUCACGUAUGAUAUGUUAUUUUAAAUCAUUUUUUAUUCCUUGCUUGCCUUUUCUCUGUUAAUAUUGCUGAUGUGUGUUUGGGAUGGUAGACUCAGAUGAGCACUUCUUGUAUGAUGGUGUAGCGGGUCGAAUGAGACAGGAUAUAAUGUAUCUUGUCUGGUUGUGGCUGUGUCCACCUGACCUUGGUUCAAAUUCUAUUUCACAUCAUUUAAAAUACUUUAGCUGUGCUUGAUUGAGCUUGACUGUUGCAAUGGAAACAAUAGAAAAGUCUCAAAAGUGCAAAACCCUGCCUACCUGGUAGUCGAGGCAGGCUAAAGCAAAUGCUGAAAGUAUUUUAAAGAUUCCAAGUAGUAUUUGAACCUAGGUGUGUUGUCCACCCAGGUAAUACAAGGUUCAAAGGGAGGGAAACGGACCCCGGUCCUACCCACUGCCCUCCAAACCCUCCCCCCUCCCUCCUGCACAUUUAUACCCUUCUGACACGCUGUUACCCUUCCCAAUUAUUAGUUCAGCCUCUCACCCCCCCCCCCCCCCCCCCCCCCCUUCCCCCUCUUCCCGGUAGUCCCCUCAGGACCUCACACCAUAUCAUGUUACCCUCUUUUCCUUGUUUCAUGUAACUCUCCUUUUAUUUUAUACCCCAACAUGCUCCCCUAUUCCUACAACAAACCAUCUUAACCAAGACUUCCCCAAAUAGACCACAGAAUGUCAUGGCAAGCAGGUGUUUCAUGAAAAAGGAAACAACAUAUAGAUAUAUAGAUAUAGAUAUGAUUAAAUAAAAUAGGGCUAAAAAAAACACUUUUGCAACUAGAGAUCCUGGUUAGCAACAGGACAUGUUUACAAUCUGAAAAAGCAGGAUGACCAACACAAAAUUGCCUCUAACAACUAUAGCACCAUAAAACCUAUCUAUGUUAGUAAACCUGUUGCAAAUUUAGCAACUUGGGUUAGCAAGAUUGAGCCAUGUGCAAAGAACUACUGUAUAUCAACUCUAAUCUGUCUGCAACCGGAGUAGGAAUAGUUUUGUCUGAAAGGGCUUCUAAUAUGAAAGAUUCUCUUUAUAGUCAACAUACAACAAAAUGAAAAUAUUAUCUAAAGGAAAGAACUCUCAAACACAUACACAUACACACUGUACAAUACCAUGUACACAACAGGUACAAUACUCACACACAUACAGUGGUAUGUGAAUGAUGAUAAGCUAUAUUCAUAUAAAAUAUUGACAUUCCAAACAACUUUCUCAAUGUCUCUCUGGCCUUUAACGCACAGGUUGAACUUUAUAUGAGGACUAGCGCAUGACAUUCUGUCAGUUCUCAUCCAUCUGCUCCUCUGUCCCCUACAGAGCCAUUCUCUCUCUCUCUCUCUUUCUCUCUCACUCUCUUUCUCUCUAUCUUUUUUUCCUUCUCUCACUCUCUUUCUCUCUCUACAGUAUCAUGUCUAAAGGUUUCUACCCAAACCUCACCCCACACACCUGGUCUGGUCUGGAGGCACUGGCUGGCUGGACAGUAA